GCAGCAAGGUGCGGCGGCUGCAGGGCGUGGAGGGCGCGGAAGCUUCUGGGGUUUUCUAUUUGCGAAGUUUGGGAGAUUUGCUGCAGCUGCGAGACAGUCUGUUUUCAGAUGUCAAUACACCCCAAGCCCUCAAACACGUCGUUGUGGGGUCUUCUUUCAUCGGCCUCGAAGUCGCAGCAGCUUUGAAGAAAGUCGGAGUUCGAGACGUCGCAGUCGUCGGCAGGGUAAGCAGCAGCAGCAGCAGCAGCAGCAGCAGCAGCAGCAGCAGCAGCAGCGGGAGUAGUAGUAGCAGCAGCAGCAGCAGUAGUGCUAGUGGCAGCCACAGCAGGAGUAGUAGUAGUAGCAGCAGCUGCAGGAGUAGUAGCAGCAGCAGCAACAGCAGCGGCAGCUGCAGCUGCAGCUGUAGUACUAGCAGCAGCAGCAGCAGUGUAGCUGCUGCAGCAGACGCAGCAGUAGUGUCAGGGACGGCAGGCGCAGCAGCAGCAGCAGCAGUAUACCAGCUGCAGCAGAAGCUGCAGCGGCGGAAACAGCAGCACCUGCAGAAACAGUAG